ACUGGUCUGCAGACACUCCUGGAUGGUCACACACAGAACACAUGAAAAUGGACAAAGAAAACAGCGGUGCUUCCUCCAAGCCUGCCGACUUGAAAGUGGUCAGUGUUCCAGGGAAGCUACCAGGGAGACGACUGCCUCGAAAUCCUAUUGGCAAAGCCAGGGCCCCCAAGCAGUCCAAGAAGAGAGCUCUGUUUUGGAAUGUCCAAAAUAAAAUCAUUCUCUUCACCGUGUUUUUAUUCAUCCUGGCAGUCAUUGCCUGGACGCUUCUGUGGCUCUAUAUCAGUAAGACAGAAAGCAAAGAUGCAUUUUAUUUUGUUGGGAUGUUUCGCAUCACCAACCUUGAAUUUCUUCCCGAGUACCAGCAGAAGGAAUCCAGGGAAUUUCUUUCCAUGGCAAGGACUGUGCAGCAAGUGGUAAACCUUGUUUACACAACAUCCGCUUUCUCCAAAUUUUACAAGCAGUCUGUGGUUGCAGAUGUCAGCAACAACAAAGGUGGCCUCCUGGUCCACUUUUGGAUUGUCUUUGUCAUGCCACACGCCAAAGGUCACAUCAUCUGUGAGGAAUGUGUGGCAGCCAUCUUGAAGGACUCCAUUCAAACCAGCAUCACAAACCGGACUUCUGUGGGGAGCUUGCAGGGUCUGGCUGUGGACAUGGACUCUGUGGUACUAAAUGACAAAGGUUGCUCUCAGUACUUCUAUGCAGAUCAUCUGACCCUCCGCUACCCUCUGGAAAUUUCUGCAACUUCAGGGCGGCUAAUGUGUCACUUCAAGCUGGUGGCAGUAGUGGGCUAUCUGAUUCGUCUUUCAAUUGAGUCCAUCCAGCUCGAAGCUGACAACUGUAUCACUGACUCCCUGACUGUUUACGACGCCCUCUUGCCAAUCGGGAGCACCAUUCUGUACAGAAUUUGUGAACCCACAAGAACACUAAUAUCCUUUGUUUCUACAAAUAAUAUCAUGCUGGUGACACUGAAGUCUCCUUAUGUGCGGAAGCUAUCAGGAAUCUGGGCAUAUUUUGAAGCCAUCCCAGAACAAAGUAAGUCCUCUCCAGUUUUAAAGAAACACUUAGGCCACUGGUCUGGCUUUGAAGGGAAAAUUUCAAGUCCAUAUUACCCGAGCUACUAUCCUCCAAAAUGCAAGUGUACCUGGAAAUUUCAGACUCCUCUAUCCACUCUUGGCAUAGCCCUGAAAUUCUACAACUAUUCAAUAACUAAGAAAAGUAUGAAAGGCUGUGAGCAUGGAUGGUGGGAAAUCAACGAACACAUGUACUGUGGCUCCUAUAUGGAUCACCAGACUAUUUUCAGAGUGCCCAGCUCUCUGGUUCACAUUCAGCUCCAAUGUAGUUCCAGGCUUUCGGACAAGCCACUUUUGGUAGAGUAUGGCAGUUAUAACAUCAGUCAACCCUGUCCUGUUGGAUCUUUUAGAUGCUCCUCCUGUUCAUGUGUCCCUCAGGCCCAGCGCUGUGAUGGAGUAAAUGACUGUUUGGAUGACAGUGAUGAGCUGUUCUGUGUGACCACCAAACCUGCCUGCAACACCAGCUCCUUCCGGCAGCUUGGCCCUCUGGUCUGUGAUGGCUUCCAGGACUGCGAAGACGGCCAGGAUGAGCAGAACUGCACUUGGAGCAUUCCAUGCACCAACAGGACCUUCAAAUGUGGCAAUGACAUUUGCUUCAGGAAACAAAAUGCACAGUGUGAUGGGAUAGUGGAUUGUGCAGACGGAAGUGAUGAAGAGGGCUGCAGUUGCAGCUGGACGUCCUCCUCCCUUCACCGCAUCAUUGGCGGCUCUGACUCCCAAGAGGGGGCCUGGCCUUGGCAGGUCAGCCUUCACUUUGUAGGAUCUGCCUACUGUGGAGCCUCAGUCAUCUCCAGGGAGUGGCUUCUCUCUGCGGCCCACUGUUUCCAUGGAAACAGGCUGUCAGACCCUACUCCAUGGACUGCUCACCUUGGGAUGUCUGUGCAGGGGAAUGCCAAGUUUGUCUCCCCAGUAAGAAGAAUUGUGGUCCACGAGUACUAUAACAGCCAGACCUUUGACUAUGAUAUUGCUUUGCUACAGCUCAGUGUAGCCUGGCCUGAGACCAUGAAACAGCUCAUUCAGCCAAUAUGUAUUCCCCCAGCUGGCCAGAAAGUACACAGUUGGGAGAAGUGCUGGGUGACUGGCUGGGGGCGAAGGCAUGAAACAGAUAAUAAAGGCUCCCCUGUUUUGCAGCAAGCAGAGGUAGAGCUCAUAGAUCAAACUGUCUGUGUUUCCACCUAUGGGAUCAUCACUUCGAGGAUGCUCUGUGCAGGGGUGAUGUCUGGCAAUAGAGAUGCCUGCAAAGGAGAUUCAGGUGGACCUUUAUCUUGUCGAAGGAAGAGUGAUGGAAAAUGGAUUCUGACUGGCAUUGUUAGCUGGGGACAUGGAUGUGGAAGACCAAACUUUCCUGGUGUUUACACAAGGGUGUCAAACUUUGUUCCCUGGAUUCAUAAAUAUGUUCCUUCUCUUUUGUAAUUGUACCAGCUGGAUUUUUAAAACUGUGUCUUAUAUGAUUGAUUAUUGAAA